AUGAGUUCAACAUCAAACACUGUGGCGGCAACUCCUGUUGCUGACUCGAUUGAAACCAUGUUUUUUAAAGCAACAAGUCCGAUUCAUAAAAGUGCAGAUCCAAAUUUAAUGAAUUUAUUUUGUUCAAAAGUAAAUUCUGAACCUGAAGGUCAUCAUCAAGCAAUUCGUUUAAUAGCUCAUAAAAUUCAAUCACCACAAGAACAUGAAGCAUUAAGAACAUUAGAAUUACUUGAUGUUGCUGUUCAAAGUUGUGGAAGAAGAUUUCAUCAAGAAAUAGGAAAAUUUCGUUUUCUUAAUGAAAUGAUUAAACUUGUUUCACCAAAAUAUUUAGCAAAUCAUACAUCAGAAAAAGUAAAGAAAAAAGUAAUUGAACUUUUAUAUUCAUGGACACAAAGUUUACCAAAUGAAGUUAAAAUAAGUGAAGCAUAUCAAAUGUUAAAACGUCAAUCAAUAAUAACUGAAGAUCCAAUUUAUAUAAAUAAACCAACAAUAACACCUUUAUCACAAAAAACAAAAUCAAUAUUUGAUACUGAUGAAGAAAAAAGCAAAACUCUUCAACGUUUAUUAAAAAGUCGAAAACCUGAAGAUCUUGAACAAGCAAAUGCAUUAAUUAAAAGUCUUGUAAAAAAGGAUGAAGAAAAAACUGAAAAAUUAUCAAAUCGAGCAAGUGAAUUAGAAAAAGUUCAAAAUAAUAUUCGAGUUUUAUCUGAAAUGCUUAUUCAUUAUAAUCAUUCAACUGCUACUGAACCUGAAAAAGAAACAAUGAGUUAUUUACGUGAUGAAUUAGAAAAAUUUCGACCAGUUUUAUUUCGAUUAGCAACAGAAAGUGAAGAUGGAGAUGAAGGACUUGGUGAAAUAUUAUUAGCAAGUGAUUCAUUAUCACGUGUUUUAGCACAAUAUGAUCGAUUAGUUACACAAGAUAUUUAUAAUAAAGAUGAUAAUGUUCUUCCUUUCUUCGAUAAUAUUCCUCCUAAUUCAACAAGUUCAACUCAACAUAAAUUAAUCGAUUUAGCUGAAACUUUAAAUAAUCCAUCAAAUAAAACAAAUGAAAUAAAAUCUGCUGCAAGUGAACUUGAUGAAUUAUUUGGACCAAUUAAAAUACAUUCUGAUAAUAGAACUAAUAGUGCAUCAUCAAAUACACGUGAAAAUGUUGAUCAAACCGAUGAUUGUUUACCUAUUUUUCCAAUAACAAAUACAAAUAAAACAAAUAAUCAAUGCUCAUCAAUAACAAAUAAAAGUGAAGGAAUAACGACAAAAAAAGGUGGAUUAUUUGAUGAUUUACAAGAUCUUCUUGUCGAUCAAUCAACAGGACAAAAAAUCUCAUCAACUAAAAGUUCAUUUCAAUCAGCAAGUUCAAAUACAACUAAAAUUCCAUUAAAUGAAAUGAAAAAUUCUUCAUCAAAAUCAUUAGAAAAUGAUUUACCAUUUCCAAUAAUAUCUCUUGAAUCAAUUCGUCCAUCAUCAUUAAAUCCCCCAAUAAAUAUUAAAUUAAAUAAUCAAACAGGUCUUCAUUGUCUUAUUCAUAUUGCUCGAGAUUCUCCACGUCCUGAUCUUAUUGUUUCUGUAUUAACUGUUACCAAUACAAAUACUUCAAAUACAAUUAACAAUUUUCAUUUUCAAGUAGCUGUACCAAAAAACAUGCGAAUCAAAUUACAAAACCCAUCAGCUAGUGAUUUACCUGUAUACAAUCCAAUAUUACCUCCACAAGCUAUUACACAAAUUAUUAUUCUAUCAAAUCCAAAUAAAGAACCAGUUCGACUUAGUUAUAAGUUAACUUAUUAUUUAUCAGGCGAACAAAUAAAUGAAUCGGGUGAAAUAGACAAUGGAUUUCCUAGUUCGAUUGAUCCUAUUUAA